UUUUCGUAUGAAAAGACAUUGUUUUCACUCUUUUUUCUUGUUUCAAUUAGAUCGUGAUCUUUUGGUAAAACCAAUCUAAAGUAAGGAAUCUUUGAAUUUUGUAAUAUUAACGAGAACCCAUGUGAGUCCUUAGUUCUGGUGCUUUUUCCUUACGUGCAUAACACGAAGUAUGAGAAUUUGAUAAACUACUAGUUCGUUAGUGGAGUUUGAUUGCGUGUAGAAUGAUCGGAAUUGAAGUUUUGAGAUUUUGGUUUCUGCUCUUAUAAGCUACUUCGUUGAUUUUAAAUUUGAUGGGUUUUUCAAGGUUGUCAACUCUAGAACUUGGUUGCGAAUCAAGUGCUUGUGGGACAUUGUUUGAGCUCCACUGUAAUUUUGUUUUUCCUCCAAGUUUAUCUUUUAUAACUCUGUUUUUAUUCUUGAAACUUGUUCUGUUUCUUCCCUUCUUUGAACUCUUUCGUUCUGGUUAUAACGAAUUUGUUACGAAAUAAUUUAAUUUGGAAAGCUUUGGGUUGGGGUGGGGAGGGAUCAGAUAUAUAGAACUUCUAUCACACUUCAUUACCGUCACCAGGCACGAUCUUCUUCUUCUACUUUUUUAAACAUUUCCAGCAUGUAUUUCUAAUUUGAAAUUGGCCAUCACACAUCUGCAUAUUUGGUAUAGUCUCCCAUAUGGCUCUGUGAAUUAAACUAGAAAAUAUGAUGACCAGUAGAGCAAGUGGUAAAGGUAUUUUUAGUUUCCUACCAGGCUUCUCAACCCAUACUUGGCAGCCUGUCAUGACUAGUGAUGAUACAACCACUCCAAGUUAUUGGUUGAACUGGAGAUUCUUCCUCUGUUCACUAUGGAUUCUUACUGCAAUGGUUCUGGCAACGAUUCUAAUAUGGAAAUACGAAGGUUUCAACAAAUCAAGAUCUGAGAGGAGAGAGAACCCACGAGAAACAGUGUCGUCUUUGUAUGAAGACGAAACCUGGAAGACGUGUCUCAAAGGAAUCCAUCCUGCUUGGCUGCUUGCUUACAGAAUGAUGUCAUUUGUUGUGCUUCUGGCAUUGCUUAUUGCCAACGUUGCUGUUGCCGGAGGUGGCAUUUUCUACUUCUAUACUCAGUGGACAUUUGUCUUGGUCACGAUCUAUUUUGGGCUUGGGUCUUCACUCUCCAUUAAUGGAUGUUGCAAGCACAACAAAGUUGAUGGAAAUGCGGUUUAUCGUGCAAAUUUAGAUGCAGAACAAGGAUCCUAUGUAGUUCCCACACUAGGGGAGAGCUUAGAUAUGUCCAAUAUGUCCAAGACUUCAUAUACUCCUGAAGAGCCUCAUGCUCACCAUACUGCAGGUGUAUGGGGGUUUAUCUUUCAAAUAAUUUUUCAGAUGUGUGCUGGUGCUGUGACGCUCACUGAUUGCAUAUUUUGGCUCAUUCUUUAUCCCUUUCUAACUGCCAAAGAAUAUGAUCUGGAUUUUUACAUUGUUAGUAUGCACUCAAUCAAUGCUGUUCUGCUCCUUGGUGACACAGUUCUAAAUUGCUUGAGAUUUCCAAUGUUUCGGAUUGCAUACUUUGUGCUAUGGACAGCUAUAUUUGUCAUUUUUCAAUGGCUCAUCCAUGCUUGCGUUUCCACCUGGUGGCCAUAUCCAUUUCUCGACUUGUCGUCUCCUUAUUCUCCCUUAUGGUACCUUGGAGUGGGUUUGAUGCAUGUACCGUGCUAUGGCAUCUUUGCUUUAAUUGUUAGGUCGAAGCACAUAUUGCUGUCAAAAUGAUUUCCCCGAUUCUUCUCAGACCCUUAGAUGAGGAAGUAGAUUAGGAGAUGACAAGGACCCUGGUUAACCAUAGAACAAGGGCCAACACCACUACGUCACACCAUUUCAUUGGUAGUUCCAGCUUCUUAUUCUGAAUGAGUUUCUGCAAAGGUCAUUGCUCUUCACAUCUGGCAACUAUGGGAAAUAAAUUGUUACAUAAAUUGUUGAUCAGCUGGUGGUCCAUAUUUUUUUUCCCGGAUACAGUUCAUCAGGCAUCAUGUCUUUUGUCUCCACCAGAAGGGAAAUUGUGGUAAAUAUGUUUGUGCUAGCAUAAAUCACCAAGUCAUUGUAAAGUUUUUACUUCAACAAAAAAAAUUUUUGUAAUGUUUGACCUUGCAAGUUGUGAACACUUAUUUUGAAUCAAAAUGUGGGUUUUUUAAACUGAA